UCUUGAACUUCGGCAGGUGGUGGAUAUGGAUACGUUUGGCCCCUCAGGCUGGAGCGCUGCGGGAGGCAUCGCCUGCGGGAGCGUCGGCGGGGGCACGUGCGGCACAGCGUCGCAGCAGCGGGGCUGGUCCUCGGCGUGGCCACGGCCUGGACACGGAGCGGCGUCGAGGCCUUCGCGCGCCUGGAGCAGGCCCAGGCCGGCUGGGACCGCCACCUGGACGCCGCGGCGGCGCCCGUCUGGCGCCUCGUGGAGCCGCUGGCCGCCCUGGCGGGCUACGUGUUCCUCGGCCCGGUUCGCCUCCACUUCCACGCCGAAAGCCUGCGCGCGCGCGCGGACGCGGGCGGACAGCUGGCGGUGCUGCAGGCGAAGCUGGAGGAGGCAGCCGCGGACGCUUGCGGCCGACUGCAGCGGGCGUUCGGGGCGCAGCUCGCCGCAGUGCAGUGCCCGGAAGUGCAGGUCAUCCGUGGAGCGCGGCCGCAGCUGGCCAUGUUCCGCCUCGGCGCUGGGCGCCGGUGGCGGCUGGUUGCCACCGAGCCAGUGGGGCGGCUGUUCGAGGGUGAUGAGCUGCGCUUCCUGAUCGGGCGAGAAGUAGGGCGCGUGGCCCUGCACCACAGCGCCCCGCUGCUGUCGUGGCCCCUGGCCCGCUUUGCCUCCGACGUCUUCGCGCUGCCGCGCUUCGUGCUCGGGGGCGCCGCUCGCCGAGGGGGCCCCUCGGCCGGCACGCAGCGGCGGUCGCGGGCUCCGGACCCGGCGCGCGAGAUGCGCAGGGCCUUGGGCCGCGCAGCGGACCAGCUGGUGGAAGUUUGCCAGUUGUACCAGGGGCUGCGCUUCGGUUGCUGGCCCGGCCUCGUGGACCUGGCCCUAGACCUGGACCUGCUGCUGGCUGGCCAGCGCGCGGAGCCGGUGGCGGCGCGCGAGCUGCGGGCGCUGGACUUGGCAGCGGCGGCGUGCGCGAAGCUGCGCGCCCCCGGGGGCGCCUCUGCGCUCUGCGUGGCCACAGCGGGCGUCGCGGCUCCCCGGGUAGCGGGCGCCGCGCUGGGCCUCAGCCGGCAGGAGGAGCGGCGGCUGGGCCAUGCGCUGCGGCUGGCCAGCUGGGCGCUGCGGGCGUGGUCUGGCAAGCUGCGCGCGGAGGUCAUAUCUGCGGACAGGCUGGGAGCGGUGGCGGCCGGCGGCGAUGUGGACGCCGCCCUGCGGGCAAUGGUGCGGUUCGCGCAGGAGGGUGAUUCUGCGGCGAUGGUUGCGCUGCUGGGCGUAGACCAGAUCGUCGAGCAGGCCGACGUGCUGGACCGGGCGCUGCCCCCCAAGCAGUUCGCCACCGAGCCUUCCCUGCCCACCCGAGUGGCCGACCUGGCCGCGUGGUCCGAUUCUCUGCAGGGGCAGAUGCUGCUGCGGUAUGGGGAGUAGGGCUGCGCACCCGCAGCGCCAUUCUGAUAGCACACGCCCAUGGCCCCUCGCCGAUUCAAUUUUUCGACAGGAUACGGCCGCUGGCGAUGAGUGAGUAAUGAAGAAAUGCGAAUCGUGAGCACCCUACUUGCCGUUCCAGCUGCUUGGCGGCGACCCCAGCGUGGGCGUUGCAAGUUGAGCGCCGCCACUGGCCCGAGAUCAGCC